AUGCUGGCGCUCAACAUCGUCUUGUACGCCCUCUUGGGUACCUCCUUAGCCUUUGCCAUUGUGGAGCUGGGUCUCUCGGCUUUCCUCACUUCUGCAUAUACCGGAACACGUGAGGUCGCGACUUGGAGUUCCUACUCUGGGUAUUCGUACAGAACAGUGAAUCUCAAGGCCCCAGCUAUUCUCGCUUUCCUGGUAUUCGCUUCCUGCUGGACUAUCCUAGUGACUGUCGCCGCGUUAGUGCUACCAUGGCAUUUCGCAAAGAAAGGUUUUGUUAGUGCAAAGCUGAAUACUAUUCUCGCCUCAUGUUUUGUCGGUGUUUACUUUGUCACUAUGGUCUUUUGGCUGGCUUGCUUCGCCGAUCUCGCCUCCCUGCUUGGUGGAGGAACCAGCGAGUCGUCGUACUUUAACGCUAUACUCGCAUUUGGUGUGCUCCUUUGGUUACUUUUCGUCGCUCUUGUGGUCUUUACAGCUCUUGCCAUGUGUGGUGUGAUGGUUUCUGACUGGGCUGGCUACCAGUCUUUGAGAAAGGACAAGGGUGCUGAGGGGCCCCAAGCCAGUGGGCAUGCUCAUGAUGUGCCGAUGAGUACGACCCCUGUGGCUCCAAAAAUGUCGACUCGGGAUGCUGAGGGUCUACAUAACCAGCCGAGCAGCCAAACGCAUAGUAUCUCUUCGCCAUCGGCCGUUCAUAGCGUCGAACUCAGCGGCGAUAGCGCUCAGAAUCACCACACAAGUCGAACAGUGCAGAUCAGUCCAGUUUGA